GAGAGUUAAAAACUGUUACUGAGGAGAUAGAGGCCCUGAAUAGCUUCGAAGGAGUCAUGGAAACUUUAAAUGGGUCCGAAAUACAAAGAGAAAUACUAUUAAAUCCUAACGAAUCUUGUUGGGGGGGCUAUCUCUUUGAUCUUUGCGCUUAUUCUAAGACUCUUUUUAAAGUGGCUAUUGAGAGAUCAUUUCCGCAGCUUCAAGGUCUUCCUGUUUCUGUUCAACCAUGUUCGCAAAAUUUUAAAGCUGAUUAUCAAUGUCAAUCGGCGUUGUCUAUUUUUCCUCUCGUAAAAUCUCAGCCUGGAGCUCCAAAGUCUCCACAGGAAGUAGCUGAGUUAUUAAUUGAACAUUUUCCAAGCGUUUCUGCUGUUUCUGACAUCGGCCUUACGGGGCCUGGUUUUAUUAAUAUCACCUUUUCCCCGGACUUUCUUUGCAAGCUUAUGGACAACAUUUAUAGAAAUGGAGCUGUUUUCCCGAAGCCGUCCCACAAAAAAAGAAUAGUCAUAGAUUUUUCGUCUCCCAAUAUUGCUAAGCAAAUGCACGUCGGGCAUCUUCGCUCGACGAUUAUCGGCGAUACACUUUCCCGAGUCUUCGAGUAUUUAGGCCACGAGGUUUUCCGCUUGAACCACGUGGGCGACUGGGGAACACAGUUUGGGAUGCUCAUAUGCCAUCUGGAGGAUAAGUUUCCCGAUUUUGCCACCGAGUCACCGGCUAUUGGCGACUUGCAGGUGUUUUACCAGGAGUCUAAAAAGCGGUUUGAUGAGGAUGAAGGAUUCAGGAAAAGAGCCUAUAAAGGAGUGGUCACUCUUCAGAAUGGUGAUCCAACCGUCACGCGGGCUUGGAAGCUGAUCUGUGACGUUUCCAGAGCAGAGUUCCAGCGCAUUUACGAUAAGCUUGAUAUUAAUAUUGAGGAAAAGGGCGAAUCAUUUUAUCAGCAGUUUAUGCCUUCGAUGGUGCAGUAUUUGGAGUCGAAGGGACUGCUGACAAUCGAAAACGGCAGGAAGCUCAUGUACUGCAUGGAAGGAAAGCCUCCUCUGACCGUGCAAAAGUCCGAUGGUGGUUUUACUUACGACACUUCCGACUUGGCCGCUCUGCGCUACCGAUUGAUUGACAUGAAAGCAGAUUGGGUACUUUAUGUUGUGGAUGCUGGGCAAAGCCUCCACUUUGAGCUCAUUUUCGAAGCAGCAAAGCUUGCGGGAAUCCUCGAUCCUACUAAACAUCGCGUAGAACACGUGGCUUUUGGAGUCGUCCAUGAUGCCAGCGGGAAGAAGUUUAAGACAAGAAGUGGGGAAACCGUCAAACUCCAGGACUUGCUCGAUAAGGCUGUGCAGCAUGCUGCGACUAUAGCCGAGGAAAAACGCGCUGAAAGCCACGAGCCCGGCAGUUCCGAUGUUUCGGGGAAGCACGAGGUCAUCGCAUACUCCGCCAUUAAGUACGCCGAUCUCAAGAACCGCCGGACUGCUGAUUAUUCUUUUUCCUUUGAAAGGAUGAUGUCUCUUAAGGGGGACACCGCGGCUCGUCUGCUUUACUCCUACGCGCGCAUCGUCUCGAUAUCUAAAAAGGCGGGAGAAUUUCUCAGCGGAAGACCGCCCCUAGAAAAACUCUACCAUCCCAGUGAGAUAAAGCUUAUAAAGCAGACGCUUCGGUUUCCGGAAGUAGUUCGUGCUAUUGAAAAGGACUUGAUGCCGCACGGAUUAUGUUCGUUUUUAUACAACCUCAGCGACACGUUUAACAUUUUUUAUCGCGAUUGCAAGUGUGUUGAAGUGCAAGAAGGAACAGUUAUAAAAGUUAAUAUAAACCGGUUAACUUUAUGUGACGCCGUAGCCAUAAUCUUUCGUCAGUGUUUCUAUUUACUUGGUUUGAAAACCGUCGACAGUAUGUAAAAAUGUGUGGUUCCAGCCGGGAAACCAGUUCUCCACAGCAUACACAUGAACUUUAGCAUCAUAGGGAUCGUACUUGCAGCAGACUA